AUGGCUCUUCCUACUUCCCCUUCAUCUCCUCUCAAUAAGCUCGUGCACGUCCUCUGGGGCGACUGGCAAGCGAACCAACUAUGGCAGCGCAUAGUCAAGGCAUCCCUCGCGUGCACAAUCGCCAUCUCUAUUGCGGUGGUUCCCCAGGUUGUGGACGUUUACGGGCUUAACACCUACCUAAUCCCGAUGACGGUCGUCUUUGCCCAUCCGGGACAGCGCAUGGCGAUGAUGAUUGAGUCCUUGGCUCUGCUCGUGAUUGGAGCGUCCCUCGGCCUCGCCUGGGCGCUUCUUGGUCUCUAUCUGUCGACAUUGGCGACCGAGCAGAAUUUGGCUGCUGGGUCCACGAUACGUGCCUUGUUCUGUGGAGGUAUUGUGCUUCUUGUCAACAUCGCUAUUUUCCCGGAGCUUUCUACAAGCUUCCUGGGCAAGUCGACACUAGAAACACUAUGGGAGACCCUUGACACUGUGGAGCGCGCGACACACUGGUUCAUCACGACGGGGGGAGACUCGCCCGAGGCGAAGCAGAGGCAGUCUGGCGCAUCCAGGGCCUCUGCCAACAAGAAAAAACAAACGUGGUGGACGGACUUUCUAGCCGACUUUCCAAACCCAUUCCAUGUCGGCAGCAAUCAGACUAUCCCCAAGAAAGAAAUCAACUUGACAACCUUCGUCGAACUGUCCUCAAAGAAGCCUGGUCUGCGAGCAGCGCUGGCGAGAUGCAAAAUGGCCCAGGACGAAGUCAACUUUGAGUUCUCCAUUUCACCACUCUCGCCCAAGGCGUUGAAGCCCAUCAGCAAGCACGGCGCAUCGGGGCUCGUACAGAACGUGGUGACUCUCAUAAAUGCUUGCGAGAACAAGUACGUAAUGUUGAGCGCAGCUACCGACGUGGAAUCCUCGCGUCAAGCAAGCAAGCCACCAUUCAGCAAAGGUGCGCCGCCUGGAUCGCAGGCUCUGCACCAGCUUCCAGAAGAUGACAUGCAAGAUGAGGGGGAUCACCUGGUGUCGAUAGACGACGUGAAGCCUCUCCGAGAAAUCACAACCGCCAGUGUGCAGAAACUCGAAGCUGUCUUGCAGCGUCUGCGUGAGCCCGUGUCAGCUUUCGGUGAGGAAUUCCGCAGGGCUGUUCUGCUACUUAUGGCCAGCAUUGCAUAUUGUUAUGAUGUCGAGACCCUUCCCUCUGGACUGCGCAGGCCGGAUGGCGUGGAGGUGGAGGAGGUGGAUCUUUACUUGGAUGCCUUCCUCGACGCCAUUAGAAAGUUCGACGAGCGGUCCACUCGAGAGCUGAAGUUGGCUUGCCUGCUGGAGACAGGGCAAGGUGUGGAUAUUGCACCACGCAUGGAAAUGUUCCUUAUCUCGUCUUUCAUCCUGGGUCUCAGACAAUCCGCACUGCAGGUGCUGCAGAUGCUCCACAAAGCACGAGAGCUGGUAGACGAACGCAGGAAGCGCCAUGACCGGCCACGUCUCUGGGUUCCUCAUUAUGCCGACAUUGGAAAGUGGCUGUCCACGACAAGCGACUCGGAUGUCAUGAUCUUGCCGAACAAAGCUCGAAAGGAGACCCUUGCAGGCAAAAAGAAAAGGCCGCAAUCAUCUCCAGACACUUCAGACAGCAGCGUCUCCGGUGUCCCCUCAGCACAAGACGAGGAGCAGGGACUCGGAUCAGGUGGGUGCAGGCGACCUGGUCAGAGUACGCACAGAUCCCAGGCCAAGGUGACGCCGGCCCAAACACCACAACAGGGAACCCUUUGGGGUAGAGUCAGAGAAAAUUUCGCUGACAUUUUGGAAUGGGCUCAGCAAUCCGAUGACCUUGCGUAUGCUUUGAGGUUCACACUGGCCGUGAUGAUUGUCAGCUGGCCCUCGUUCGUGUCAUCCUGGAGGCAAUGGUAUGGCAGUGUUCGCGGUAUAUGGGCACCCAUCCAAUUAGUCCUGGCGUUUGAGGUGUCCAUCGGAACCUCCAUCUUCGUCUUUCUCGUGCGGCUCACUGGUGUCAUCUUUGGCUGCAUCUUAGGCUUCGUCUCGUACGAGAUUGGCGACGGUAAUCGUGUAGCCAUGGUGGCUGUUCUCAUGCUAGGUAUCGUGUUCUCGUUCUAUGUCCAGGUCGGCACAAAAUACGUCAAGGCGGGUAUGGUUGCGACGACCUCAAUGUGUGUCGUCGCGACAGCUGCCAUUAGCCAGCCCCAGUCUGCGGUCGACACUUUCCAAUAUCGCCUGGUCGCCUUUCUCGUUGGUGCUCUAGUCGCCCUUGCCGUGGAGGUUUUUGUCUUUCCGAGCAUGCACUCGGUUAUUCAAGUCGGGAUCAGCAGCCCGUCACAGCCCAACUUCCGCUCCCAAAGGCUACACCAUGCCUUUUCUCACGCGAGGAAUAAGGCGCAGGCGUCUCUUGAUGCAGCUGACGCCUUCCUCCCGUUUUGCCUCAACGAGCCACGACUCAAGGGCAGCUUCAAGCCGUUUGAGCCCAUUUACCAGGAGAUCAUUUACGUAUUGCACCAGAUUAUUGAUCGGCUGGAUACGGUGGUCGACAUUCGGAAGGCGUACGGCUCGUCGAUGCUGGAAGACCUCCAUGCCCAGGUCUACGCAUACAGGCGUAAUGCUGCAGCCGCCAACAAUUUGAUGCUAUUCUCCGUUCACGAGGCGAUGACCACCUGGCUCCCGCUGCCACAAUUUUUACCGUCUCCCCGUAUUGCGCAAUUGCGACUUGUCAGCCGGGUGCGCGAGGUUGUGGAGGAGAAAAUCGCAACAGGGGCAACUCCUUCGGGCGCUGACAAAGAUGGGCAAAGCUCCGAGAACGCAGCAUCUUUCGUGACGCAACGCAAGUUUCUUGCUUGGAAUGCAAAUGCUGCAGGACUCAUGGAGAUUGUCGAGUAUCUCGAGGAACUCGUUGAAUUGACCAAGAUCCUGGUGGGCGUCAAUGCCUUUCGCAGCGGCCUAUUUGAGAGGUCGCAAUAUAGCGACUACGUUGAGCAAGUCCGUACCAAGCGGCAACCGGGGAGGACCACCACGGCUAUAGACGAAGCUGUCACGUCAUCGGCCGCUAGUGAUACCACAGACACAUUGGCCAGAGUGGCCAGUGUUGCAGCGUCCGUGCAAAGGUUCAGACGAGUGCUGGUUGCUAACAGGGGACAGCCACAAGCCGCCCCCGAGGAAGCCAUUGCGGAUGAAGAUGAUAAUGAUGAUGCGUUGCCAGCAAGCUUGCGCAGGGUGGGAUCAAGAGUGCAGCGUCAAAGCACUGUUGCACGGAGGCGAGGCUUCAGCGCAUCAACUUCUUGA